AUGAUUGCUAAAGACUCAUCCUCUAUUACUUCAGACUUGACUCACUGUGAGAAAGACCUCUUCAUGAUUAGUGUUGAACUUGUAACUAUUCUAAAACAGAUUUCUGAAUUUUAUUUAGAAACAAUUCUUAUGGGAUCUAGUGAAGUUAUAAUACAGAAUAUAGUUGAUCUAUUUAGAGUGGCUAUAAAGCUUAAACGUAAGGAGAUUUUAUGCUAG